ACAGCCGGCCGUGCGCGGUGACGUCAGAGCCCCGCCCUCCCCACGGCCCUCACGCACGGGGUUGGAGAGAGAAGCGAGGAGAAUGGUGCGCGCCCGCGCGAGGGGGCCAGCAGAAAAUGGCGAGUUUGUGUAAGAGCCAGCAAUGCUCCAUCGAGAGGCGCGGCUUUCGGCAGGAACUGGACUCGUGGCGCUACAAACUCAUUCACUGUGUAGGAUUUGAAAGCAUUUUAGAAGGACUGUUUGGACCUGGAUUACUUAAAGAUCUCAGCUUGUUUGAAGACUGUGAACCUACAAGUGUUUGUGACUGGUCUUUUGAUGAAAACUGCCUUUUUUGCUGCGUGAGACGAGAAAAAGUUAAGGAACAUUUAGCUGGCUUUCAUAAACCAGUCUGUGAAGCUGGACAAGAAAACUUGCUUAAACAAGAUCAAGCAAAAAUUAUUCGACUAGAAAGGCAAGCAGAAGAAUUUAUCAAUGCAGUCUUCUACAAGAAAGACAGUCCUAGGGUCUUUGAUCCUAAUAUACCCUUAGUCGCUCGUGAGAUCAUGCAGCGAAUGAUUCGACAGUUUGCUGCUGAAUAUACCUCAAAAACUAGCUCUACUCAGGACUCCAGCCAUCCCAACAGCACAAAGAACCAAAGCUUGCCAAAAUUAUCCUCUGGAAAAAGUUCACCACCUCCUGCUACAACUCAGAACCCUGUACUUAGCAAGCUUCUGAUGGCUGACCAAGAUUCUCCUCUAGACCUCACUGUCAAGAAGUCACCUUCUGAAGAACCCUGCGAGCAAGCAGAUGGAGUGCUUGACCUGUCCACUAAGAAGAGCCCUUGCUCUGGAAGCACGUCCUUAAGCAUUUCUCAAAGUACCUCAAACACUAUAGGGAAUGGAAUGGAACAUACUGGUAGAAUCGCCAUAGAUGGCAAGAAUUGUACAGCUGUAACACUGGAAAAGUUCAUGGACAAGUUGUGUGCACAUCACCAGACACAAUUUACACAUGUGUUAAACAGUUUAUGCACUGAAAAGCAGUUGUCUUCACCUGAAGCAAGUACUUCAAGUUCUGAUGGCAAAAGCAAUGGGUGCACCUGUUUUGUAAGCAAAUCUAAUGGUUUAUCAGUAUUUGGGUUACAUAUAUCAGAUUGUCAAGCGACUCCAGCUUCAACUCAGCAACCAGUUAUUGCAAUGACUGAACCCAAUUGUAUGGAUAAAGUACUACACACCCAUAGUCCUUGUGAACAGUAUUCUCCUGAUUUGUUGAAGCAGUCCUCCAUGUCCGAUAAUAUGUCGGUUGGCAGUUGCAUUACCCCUGCAAACUGUGCAUCUGUACACAGAAUUGUGUAUUUUAAAGAACAGGAAUUAACUGCUCUAUCUCUGGAGGGGGAUGUAGUUAUGAGCCCUAAAAAACCUAUUAUUGUAAAUAAAAAUGAGAAUGUUCACGAUUCAGCAUACACUUCAGACAUACAUAGAGCUGCCGAACAAGCAAAUGAUCCAUAUGAAUAUGACGUGAAAGAAUAUAGUGAAAGCUCUUUAUGCAAUAUAUUUCUAAGCAAAGCAAUAGAUCAAGUAAAGGAUUUUCAGGAUCAUAACACAAAUUCAGUCCCCGCUGAGCAAAAGCCAGUAUUAAAUGAAUCUAUGCAAACUUUAAAAUCAACUCCAGCUUUUGAAGGGGGUUGUCAUAAAGCAUGUGAUGUAGUUAAAAUUGGUCAACCAAAGUCAGAAUCCAACUUUGAAAAUCAAAAAGAUUUAGUGUGUUCUCAAAAACCAGCAAUGGAAAGUGCUAGAGGAUGCCUUGUUAGUGAGGAAUUCUGUGAGUUUUCAACUAUAAGUUCAUUGGGCAAAAAUUCUAAUGGUAAUGAACUGGCUAAUUGUGCCAUUGAAACUUCUGAAGCAUUCUCAAGUCCUAAAUGUGAAAUUGUUUCAGAGACAUCUUCAGUGGAUGUUGCGUCAUUUGUUCCAAAAGAGACGCAUGUAGAAAUAAAUCAAUUUACGACUUCACAGCUGACCAUUACUGAUAACCCUGACUACCCAUCACCCACUACUCAGAAGGCAUGUGCCUCUGAAACUUUGCUUGCCCUGGUGUCUCCGAUCCCCCCAAAAAAGGAAACAUAUGCACACUGUGUUUUAUCUGAUGCUGAAAACACUGCAAAUAGACCUGAAGGCAUUCUUACACCGACAAAUACAAUGGGUCCUGCGAUAGACUGCGUGAGUUCUUCUUUAUGUGUAAAAGGUAACUCACUCUUUGAUACAGAUUGUAAAAGUUCUCUUGUAAGCCAUGCAGAAGGACUUCUAUCUCCAUCAGUGGAUGUAGACAUCGAGCUUUGUGUUGAAAAGAAAACCAUGUUGACCAAAUAUGUUAAAGCAACUGAUGAACAAUGCCCUUUAAAUAUAGUUUCAAAAAAGCAUUUAUCUCUAGAAGACUCUUCUGAGCUUUCCUCACCUAGAUCUACGUUAUUUUAUCUCUCAAAUGAAACUGAUUUUACAGAGCAAGGCCAUUGUCCUGCUUGUCAAUCUCAUUUACGUGAAUCAGAAAUUAUGGCUCAUAAUGAGACUUGUUUUGUCCUAAAGAACUUGAAAACUGAAGAUGUUAAAUCAUCAUCUUCAAGUAGCAUAUGUGUAGAUUACUGGUCAGAUAAAAGCCCAACAGAACUACCAAAUCUUAAAUUCACUCGAGCAUUAAAUAGUUUUGUAAAACACUCGGUUAAUUUGGACCUGGACAUAUCUGUAGAAUCUGUGGUUAAAGAGAGCAGACAGACCAUCGGUGCAGAUUCUUUCCUCGUGGAGCCAUCAGUCAAGAAGUUUCCUUCAUGCUCUUCAGAGAAAUUUGGUAAUUCCAAUAGUUUAACACCUCAACAUGAAAUUUUUAAAUGUUCACGACAAUUUAAUCUUUGUGAUAUCAAUAGUGUCACAACUACAGUUAAGGACGAAUAUUUUAAUGAUCUACAAACUGAUCAUGAUCAGAUUACCUUGGAAAUAGAAGAGAAAGCUUCUUUAGAUGAAGUGCAAAAAUGGCAUCAUGCUUCACUGUUAGAUCUGGACAAUGAAGUAGUAGAAAACUCAUUAGCAGCAAGUGACAUAAGUGAAGAGAAAAUAUCCUUGACUAGUGAAUUGGUUAAUUCAGAUUGUUCAGGGAUUGAAAAAAAUGUAGGUAUAGACUCCAAGCAAAAAUCAAAAAGAAAACCAACUCUGGCACCAUCUGACAGACAACUUAGAAGUCAGCUUUUCCAAAAGCCUCCAACUCUCAUUCCUCAAAUGCAUGCAAUAAACAACAAAAGCACUAAAGAAGUAAAAACAUUUGUUUACACUAAAAAUACAAACAUUUUAACAACUGACAGCAUCAACCAGGAUGAUUUAAAUGUUUGUAAGACACUUGACAAGAAAAAUUCAAAUUUUGAACAAAACAAUCUCAUCCAGCAUUCAAACGGCAUAAAAACUAAAAGUAAGCAAAUAAUUUCAGAAAGUCAGUUUAUGAAGAAGGAAAUGUCGAAAGCACCUCUUAAGACAAGUUGGCAAAAAAGAAAUUCAUAUUUAGGUUUAAGAACUAAAACUGCCAUAUCUAAUGUCCAACGUAAAGAGAGCGCGAACAAUGCCAAUAUUUUGGAAAAAAAUUCUACUUCUGAUUGGAAGGAUUUAAACAAGCACGUUUCAAGAAAAACCUCAAUGACUUCAAAACGUAUACAGUCAAAAUCAGUGACUAAACAUAAACAAUUGACUUUGCAAAAUUUCAAUUCAGGGCAAAUAACUUCAUAUAACAACCCUAAACAAACAAUUAAAGUGGAGGAUAUUGUUGGAAGGAAUGCAGUGGAAUCAGAAGAGCAUUUAAUUGAUUCAGAGUUAAAUAGCCCAGUAUUAGGAAUAGAAAGACCAAAAUUUGUUGAUUGGUGUUCCGAGGAGGACAAUCAAGAGCGGAUUUCCAAUUUUAGUAACAUGUACAUGUCCGUCCACAAAACUUGGAUUCCACUUGAAAAAGAGGCACCAGUCGUGCACAAAUCUAAGAACAAAUCUGACAAACUGAAAGAGAUUUGGAAAACCAAAAAAAGGACUCGUAGAAACAAAAAGGUGCAUGAGACUCCAAAAUACUCGUCUGUACAAACAUUAUUUAUGAAUUCUUUUAAAUUAUCAGAUGUUUGCCGAUGGUUUGUUGAAACAACAGAGACCAAAUCUUUAGUGAUUGUAAAGAAAAUAAAUACUCGCCUACCUGAAGAUCCCUUACCGAUUAUGCCUGUGCAUAAGUAUCCGGCAUCUAGCUUAUACCCUCAUGUGCCACAAGCUCAACGUCUGAAAAAAUACCUUAAAAAAUUUGCUUCUGUUAUUCCAGCUCGAAAUAACCGCAAAACACAAAUGGCCCUUGCUAACUUGAAAGAGAACCAAGAAGUGCAUCUUUGGGACAAUCUAAAUGAUAAAAAUAUUGUUCAGGGAACUAAUGCAAGCAGAGUUGUAAAGUCCAAAUCCAAUGUCAAUAAACCUAUGACAGACCAGAAGUCCCAAUUUAAAUCUGGUUUGGUGAAGUCUGAAAAAAAAGAACAUGUUCUCAACAUGGUGCAAUCAAAGAUUACCUGCAGUAAUCAAAGUAUAACUGAAUCCUCUAAAUUAGCUUUCAAGGUAACCACAGAUUCAUCUUCUUCUGAAUCUGCAGUCCCUGAGAAAACCAGUAAAAAACGUCCCACAGACCCUACUGGGAAAUCGGGCACACAAGUAAAGAAAAAGAAAAUAAUGGAGACAUCCACAUAUAAAAAAAAAACAUUUGACAGUAAAACCAAUCUUCCAACAAAGAACAUAAACAAAGUUAAUAAAGACUCAAAAUCUCUAUACCUAAAGAAGCAUCUGACAAAAAGGGAAACCUUUAAUGCUUCCAAAGACGUAGCUUUGAAAAAUCUGCGUACCAGAAGACAAAAUUGUCAUACUAAAACUCAAGCAGUUAAUAAACAUAAAAUGAAAACUCGACAAAGUAAAUCAGAAAACCAAAAACAGUUGUCUCCAAAAUUGGCUAAACCUAAGAUUAAGAAAGCAUUAAGAUCACAGAGAAUUGAACCUUGUAAAAAUACAAUACAUGUACUUAACAGAGGCAAGAAGGGUGUUAAAUACCAACAGAAAAAGAGAAAACAAAGAUCAUAAACUCGACUACAUACAUUAGGAGACGAUCACUUGAAGUUAAAUAAGUAAUGAACAUUGAUUAUAUAUGUGCUGUUGUACAGGCAUCCUUUGCAUUACUUGGCUGUUUCAUAAGCUGUAGCACGCCUUUGGAAAACCUGCGGUUAAAUUUAAGAUGGAGACUUUUUAAAGCUAGGUUAUGGCGUGAGGUUGAUUUAAAAGAA